GGUUAUUCCUUAGUCUGUCUGGUUUGAGUUGUGCAAUCUUUUAUAAUUUUUUGGGGUUGUAGAAUGUGUAAUAUUAUAACAUUAUUUACAUCAUUUUUAGAUUUUGAAUAGAAAAAUAAGGUGAAGUGUCGACACUCAAGACUCGUCAUAACUUGUGUGCGAAAUUUCCGGAAAAAUGCCCAAAAAAGUGUUCCACAACAAUAAAUUCUCUCUCUCGAAAAUUAUGAAAAAAAGGGAAAAAGAAAAUUGAAUGAUAAGAAUAUGAGGUGAUAAAGAAAAGAAUUACAGUAAAAUCAUGUCAUUUAGCCGUGCUUAGUUCCCGAUACUUAUAAAAGUUGACGACUUUGAUCAAGGAUUAUUACUUUUCUCUCUCUCUUUCUCUUGAUUCACAGAAAAAGCUUGAAAAUUAGGCAAAGAAGGGCUCGGAAUCCAUGUCUUCUUUCCUCGAGGACUUUGUUGGCGGUUUGGGUGCUGAGCCUGUUCUUGGAUUUACUUAUGUAAAGAAGAAAGUUCAAAUCAUUUCAGAUAUCUUCUCAAGCUCCAUGGUGACAACAACUUGUGGUGAUGGAGAGGCCGAGAUGGAGUGCCGUGACCAAAGGGCAGCAUUCCAGCUGAAGAUGGCUGCCAUGUGCAUCAUACUAUUUGCCAGCAUCGCUGGUGUUGCCCUUCCCCUUCUCGGUAGGAGACAAAGGCUGCUAAGGACUGAUGGCAAUGUCUUUUUUGUUGCUAAAGCCUUUGCGGCCGGUGUCAUCCUUGCCACUGGCUUCGUCCACAUGUUACCUGACAGCUCCACUGCCCUCACUGACCCCUGCCUCCCAAGUGUGUUCUCCAAGUUCCCCUUCUCCGGCUUCGUUGCAAUGUUCGCUUCUCUGAUAACUCUUGUAGUGGAUUUUGUGGCUACUCAGUAUUAUGAGAGGAAGCACGAGAAAGAGGAGGGGGCACGUGUGUCCACUGUGAUGGAGGAUGGGGAGGUUGUGGUGGUGGGUACUGAGGAGGAAGGAAAUGGUGUAGGUGAAAAGAGAGUAGGAGACUUUGGAGAGAAGAAUGGGAUGCAUAUUGUGGGGAUGCAUGCGCAUGCAGCUGCACACCGCCAUAGCCACCCCCAUGGGCACCACUCAUGUGAGGACACAACACACGAACACACUCGCAAGCUAGUGGGGCACGCCCACACCCACUCAGGGCAUGAGGACGUGGAAUCGAAUGUGAGGCAUGUGGUGGUCUCUCAAGUAUUGGAAGUGGGGAUUGUGUCACAUUCUAUGAUCAUAGGGCUAUCAGUUGGCGUGUCACAGAGUCCGUGCACUAUCAGGCCACUCAUUGCAGCCCUUUCAUUUCAUCAGUUCUUUGAAGGCUUUGCUCUUGGGGGAUGUAUCUCACAGGCAGAGUUCAAACGCCUCUCCACAUCUUUGAUGGCCAGCUUCUUUUCAAUUACUACUCCUGUUGGAAUCGGGAUCGGGACCGCCAUAUCCUCGGUGUACAACACCAAUAGCCCAAGAGCAUUGGUCGUCGAGGGGAUCUUCGACGCCAUUUCGGCUGGUAUUCUUGUCUACAUGGCCCUCGUCGACCUGAUUGCAGCUGAUUUCUUGAGCAAGAGGAUGAGUUGUAACACUCGCCUCCAGGUCUGCUCCUACUUGGCGCUCUUUCUUGGGGCCACUCUGAUGUCUCUGCUUGCAAUAUGGGCGUAAAACAAACAUGCAGAAACACAUAAAUGUGACUGUCCUCGAAAACAGUUAAAAUGAGGAGCAAAUAUCAACUGAGUUCGCCACUUCAAUCUCUCGAGAUAUCAAGAAUGGCCACAUGAAGGCAAACUCGCUCACAGACCAAGCUGCAAACCAAGUGAGCUUUUAAGGGUUUUGGAGCAACCUCCAUGGAGGAGUCUGUUUAUGUAAUUUGCAUCAUUCAUUCUUUUUGGGUGUGGAAAUAUUAGUGCUAAUGAAUAUAUUGCCUUUACAGCUCUUUUUGUUCUUUUC